AUGUCGACGAUUUUUUUUUCUCAACCCGACGAGAGCGGACGAAUACAGCUACCAACCACCGACCUGACAGUUCGGGCGAUCACCGUAAAAAUGUCUCAAGCAGAGGACAAGACCUUUCUUCGUCCGACGCAGGAGAGGAAAGAUACCCUGGCGUUGCUCUGCUGUCUAAUAUGUGUUACGCUGGUCUGCAAUUGGUCCACACGUAUUCGCACUAACCCCCGAACGUGCAACAAGUAUACUCCGUGUAGACCGGCUGCAGACCUGUGUAACAACUUUGAUGUACUACAAAGCGGAAAAAGGUCACAAGAAACGCGUAAAAAGAAACCUAAACUCAUAGCACCUGUCUUUCUCUUCUCUCUUCCCCCUCUUUCUUUCUCUCUUUCUCUUUCUUUCUCUCUUUCUCUCUUUCUCUCUCUCUCUCUCUCUCUCUCUCUCUCUCUUUCUCUCCCCCUCUCUUUCUUUCUCUCUCUCUCUUUCCCCUCUCUCUUUCUUUCUUUCUCUCUCUCUUUCCCCUCUCUCUUUCUCUCUCUCUCUCUUUCCCCUCUCUCUUUCUUUCUCUCUCUCUUUCCCCUCUCUCUUUCUCUCUCUCUCUCUCUUCUCCCUCUCUUUCCCUCUCUCUCUCUUUUCCUCUCCUUUCUCUCUCUCUUUAUCCUCUGUUUCCCUCUUUUUCUUUCACCAUUUCUUUCACUUAUUCUUUCUUUCUUUCUUUCUUUCUUUCAUUUUUCUUCGUUUCUUUCUUUUUCUCUUUUUUCCCGAAAUUCAUUUUUUUCUUUCUUUCUUUAUCUAUUUAUUCAUUCGUUCUUUUUUCUUUCACUUCUUUCUUUCUCUCUUUCUUUCUCUUCUUUCUUUCUUUCUUUCUCUCUUUCUUUCAUUCGCUCGUUUCUCUUUUUCUCUUUUUCUUUGUUCCUCUUACUCGUUAUCAAUCGAUCAACAUUGUCCCCAUCGCUCUCAUUAUCUAUCUGUCCUCUCAUUUUCUUUCAUUUUCUUUCUUUCUUUCUUUCUUUCGAUCUAUCUAACUAUCUAUCUGUCCUCUCAUUUUCUUUCUUUCUUUCUUUCGAUCUAUCUAUCUAUCUAUCUGUCCUUAUCUAUCUAUCUGUCCUUUCAUUUUCUUUUUUCUAUCUAUCUAGUUACCAAUUUUCUUUCUAUCUAUCUAUCUAUCUAUCUAUCUAUCUAUCUAUCUAUCUAUCUAUCUAUCUAUCACUGUUCAAAUGUAUUUAUCUACCUACCUACCACAUGAAUCUUUUUUCAUUCUCUUUAUUAUUCCUUGAUUUUUUGCUUCUUAUUUUCUUUCUUCCCGUUUCUCCCUCUCUCUCUCCCUCUCUCUCUCCAUCUCUCUCUCCCUCCUCUCUCCAUCUCCCUCCCUCCCCUCUCCUCCUCUCCCUCUCCCUCCCUCUCCCUCCCUCUCCCCUCUCCCUCUCCCCUCCUCCUCCCUCCCUCCUUCUCUCUCUCUCUCUCUCUCUCCCUCACUCACUCUUUUUUUUGUUUUUCUUCCGCUUCAUUACAUAA